UGUAUUUUGAUUUGCUGGUUGAAUGUAGCCACGAUAGGCUAUCCAGGGAUAUAUUAUGAAUAUACUCUCUCUCUCUCUCUUUUUCAUUGGAACAUCUCUUUCAUCCGCCUUCCGAACUUCCCCCCCAGGCUCGCGCUGCUGCAGCAUCCCCAUCUCGGCCUGGUGGACUCCAUGGGCGAACUCUUCCUGUCGUUGCACGGCCACCGUUGGCCCGACUUGGAGCGCGCGCUGUGCCACGAGAACUACUGGGCGAAACAUCCGCCCCCGCCGGCGCUCGGCCCGGGCGAGGUCGGCGGAGGCGGUCGGCCGAAACAGCGCCGGUGGCCGCGUCCGCGGUGGCGCUUUCCGGGGCAACCGCCCCGGCUCCAGAGAGAGGCCGGAGAGGGAGAGAGGAAGGCUCCGCGGGAGAUGGCGGAGGCACCCUCCAUUUUGCAUUUCAAUGGCAAUGGCAAGCGCGUGCUGUUCUGGUGUAUUCGAGCUUUUCAGCAAACGGGCAUCCUCUCAGGCAAGGAUGGACAGGGGUCGCAAUGCACCUUCUACAAUGAAGACGUCGGUCUCUGGCGACGGUAUACGGCCAGGCGCCCAGGCGGUCUCCGAAAAAGAUGCUUGAGCGGCCGCUCGAGUGCGCCGCGCCUUUGGCGGGCUUUGGCGGAAAAGCCGGCGGGGUUCGCGGGUCACGUUAAUUGGUCUCCCGUGACUCAACAUCCUGGGAGUCAAAGACAUUCAAAUAAAACCAAUGGUCUCGAAGUUCGAGACCUGAUUUCAGGUUUUUUCUCUCAUUCAGGGAACAUGAUGUGAACCGCUCCUUUUCCCCCCAGCCCUCACCCGAAACGAACGACGCUGAAUUGUUUGACCCCGUCGAACGACGUCGACGCUGAAGUUCCGACCCGCUCGGAGCAUGCUAUCUGAAGUGCUUCGGGGAUCCUGAGAUGGUGUCCUUUGAUGGUGCGAGCCGUGCGUUUCCUUUCUAUGCUGCACACGGUUCAGCACUCUAGGCUAGCGAAUCCAGCGAUGAGUAGGCCUAAGGACAUAUGGCUUGAGAUGAUAGAUUGAUUGGCAUCCUUAGUCAAUCUUGGUUCUGCGGCUCUCUGGCCUGUGAGGCGGGCGCAUAAGUGCUCGCUGCGAGCUGCGGUCCUUCCGCUGCCACUGCUAUUGCCUGGAUCGCAACCAGAAG